AUGGCUCGCAUUCCAACCGGCGGCACAUCAUACCCUUCGGCCAUCCCUACGCGUGCACUCUGGUGCUCACGGCCAUCUUCGACGCCAACCCCUCACCGUCCCACUCCCAAGUCGCCGACUCAUGCAGCAGACCGGCCUGAAGCGGAAACAUGUCUGCAGCAGUCUUGCUCUCUUCACCUACACCUGUCCCUCACCAUGUUUCCCUGGCAGAUUAACAGUUGGUUUUGGCGCAAGCGCAAAGAGUUGCUCGAACAGGACCAGAAAACCGGCUCACCCCUCCCAUCCACCUCGCCAGCUCUCCACCAAGCCAUCUCCAGGCCCUCCUCUAUCCCUCAAGCUCGGCACGGUAGACACGAGCACGGCGAAAGUAUCAUCCACCCAGCUAUCAUCAGAUCAAACAAUCAUCUCAGGAUAAGCUUGCAGUUCAGUUCCAAUCCAUCUUCGUUCACCAUCCCACCGGCCUCUCCCACCUCCGCCCCGCACAGACCGCCCCUCUUGAUUCGCUGCAGGCUCCGCCCACUGGCCGAGCGCGUUGUCCACAGAAGUCUUGACCGGGAAGAAGAUCAGAGCAGCGAGCCCAACAGGAAUGGAUUCCUGCCUGGCUCCCCCUUGGCACUCGGAGCUAGUCCGAGUUAUUCUCGACCACCCGAAUCUUGUGAGAUAUGGACUGAGUUAUCUCGAUAA